UUUGGCUCUUUCCCCUCCGGCACACGCAGGCUCCCCUGAGUGGAUCCGCACGUAUCGGUCACGGGAACGGCUCCUGCCCUUGCCGGAACCUUCGUGAGGGAGGGUGGCGGCUCGUGGUGCGGUGGGGCCGCCACUCCCCGGGCGCGGAUCCCCCCGCCCUGCGCGCCGCGCUAAGGCCGUGCCGCAGCCCCGCCUCGGUGCCUCCCGGCGGGAGCGGCCGGAGUUCCCGCCCCGCGGGAACGGGGCGGCCGCGCGGGCUCCGCUCGGGAUUCGGCUCCGCUCGGGUUUCGGCUCCGCUCGGGAUUCGGCUCCGCUCGGGAUUCGGCUCCGCUCGGGAUUCGGCUCCACUCGGGAUUCGGCUCCGCUCGGGUUUCGGCUCCACUCGGGAUUCGGCUCCGCUCGGGAUUCCCCUCCGCGCCCCGGGGCGGGGCGGGGCGGGGCGGGGCGCGCGCCCCCGCCGGGCCGUGACGUCACGGGCGCGCUGCGUCAGGGGCGGCCGGUGGCGGCGGCGCGCGGGGCAGGCGCGCGCGGGGGCCAUGGCGGCGGGGUACCAGCACCGGCCCAACGGCGGCGGCGGCGCCCCCCUGCCCGACCCCUCCUUCCUGUGGAACGUGUUCCAGAGAGUUGAUAAAGACAGGAGUGGAAUAAUAUCUGAUAAUGAACUUCAGCAGGCAUUAUCCAAUGGCACAUGGACUCCAUUUAAUCCAGCAACAGUCAGGUCAAUUCUUGGCAUGUUUGACAGAGAAAACAAAGGGGGUGUGAACUUCAAUGAAUUCACAGGAGUUUGGAAAUACGUCACAGACUGGCAGAAUGUCUUUCGAACGUAUGACAGAGACAAUUCUGGAAUGAUUGACAAAAAUGAACUAAAGCAAGCACUAACAGGUUUUGGUUACCGACUGUCUGAUCAAUUCUACGAUAUCCUUAUUCGGAAAUUUGACAGACAAGGAAGAGGACAAGUUGCUUUUGAUGAUUUUAUUCAGUGCUGUGUUGUUCUACAGAGGCUGACCGAUGUGUUCCGAAGGUAUGAUACUGAUCAGGAUGGCUGGAUUCAGGUGUCCUAUGAGCAGUAUCUUUCCAUGGUCUUCAGCAUUGUAUGACACCGAUAACCAGGAAUCGCACACUGGCAUUACACAGACUGGAGCUGCCAAAUCAUCCUCUUCUGAACAAGAUAACUGAUGUAUUAUAAUGGAUGUAACAUCACAUUCUUAAAUUUUGUAUGUUGGUAAUCACCGUCAGAAUCUGUACUUGAGUUGGUUUUUAUUUUGUAUUAUUGUAUGAUAUGACCAUCUCUGCUUACUGUAGUACAGAAAGCACAGAAUCUAGAUUUUAACUGGUAUAAUGUUGAACAUUACCUCUUACACAUAUCAUGCAUGGGAAAAAUGACUCUUUAGAAAUGCCAAAUUAAAAUAAUGCUUGUUAGUUUGUAUCAGUUGAAAGCCAGAAGUUGCACAACAUGUUUUGCAUGUGCCUUACUUUUAUAAGAGUUUAAUGUAUUAAUUUUUAAUACAGAAUUUAAAAUUAAGUAAAAAUACUAGGCCAACUUUCAGUCUAUAUCACUUUUGUAUAGCUUUAAGGGGAUGGUGAUUUUAUUUCUGUAUUCUUCUCUUCUACGAUUCAGGGUUCUCUCCACUUGGGUGGCCUUUUUAAAUUUUAUUUUCUAGCUGCCUCCUUCUUUCAGGAUAUCUGUGGGAUGGCUUCAAAUACAACUUCUUCACACCUGUGAA